AUAGAGAAAAAACACAAAUUAUGCGCCUGUGAAAGAAAAUUAACACCUACAUGGAGCAUGAUAAAUUGUAAAAAGUUUAAAACAAAAGUCUUUCCACAUAUUCGGCACCAACAUAAAGUUUGCAAACAAAAAGUUAAUCAAGAAAAUUAAUAUAUAUAACACUUACAAAACAAAGACCACAUAACUAAUUGGAUUACGCAAAACAAUAAAACGGGGCGACCGUUGUCAAAAGCAAACACAAUGAAGUCAAGCACUCGAACUCUUUGCACGGCGCUGCAUUUAAUCACAAUUGCAGCACUAACGACACACGGCGCACAGAUAACAACGCCAGCAAAGGAUGCGCCCGACUCGUUGAGCGCUGCCAUUGCAGCGGCCGAGGCGGAGGCGGAAGCGGCCACCAGCAACAGCAAACCGUCAGCGGUGGAGCCGAGUGUGCGAGUCAAAUGUUUGUCUGGCUCAAUGCUGAUCACGAUUAAAGAUGCGCCACCCAAUCACGAGACGGGCCUCUUCAGUGGCAUGAUCUAUCCGAAAGGCCUCUCCAAGAAUUCCACAUGCCUCAGCGAGUACAGAGAUCACAUUGGUCCACUCCGAUAUAAGUUGCCGCUGCGUAGCUGCAACACAAUGCCCAAGGAAACGGACGAUGGCGGCAUUGAGUUCUUCAAUACGAUUGUGUUGCAGCCGCAUCUGAAACUGAUAACGGAUCUGGGACGCGGCUACCAUGUCCGCUGUGCCUACAAGAGCCGCGAUGCAGCCAUCAAGCCACGGAAGCAUCUGCGCAAGCAUGCCCAGAAACCGCAGGCGUUCCGCAGCGAUGAGCACGAUCGACGAGACUACGGACGAUCGCUGGACAAGCAGCGAUUGGGUGACGAUGAACUCGACGAGGAUGAUGUCCAUGAUGUGGAUGUCAACGAAGCAGCAGCUCUGAACGAUGAGGCUGACAACGAUGUGAAUAACAACGAAAUUCCAUUCCCAUGCCACAUGAAGAUCUAUAACGAGGAGCACAAGAUCGCCGAUGAUGUGAAAAUCGGUGAUCCGCUAACCAUUGUCAUCAGCAUAGAUCAGCAGAAGCUGUACGGUCUCCAUGUGACCGACUGCAUUGUGCGAGAUGGUUUGGGUUGGGGUGAACAGCGCCUGGUGGGCGAAGAUGGCUGUCCCAUGGACAACGAGAUCAUGGGUCAAUUCAACUAUACAGAGGAUCGCUUGGCAGCCAAUGUGACCUUCCCGGCGCACAAGUUCCCCUACACCACAUCCGUAUAUUAUCAGUGCAAUGUGCGAUUGUGUGCCCUGGAGGAUCCCAGCUGCCAGGAGGCACCUCUGUGCAGCGCAAAGCGACCCAAGCGUCAGGCUAGCGAUGCUAAGGAUGAGGAAGCCUUGCCCGCCACCAUUGAGGUCUUCUCCGGUCUCUAUGUCAAUGAGAAUGAGAAUGCCAACGACAGCGACGAGGAUGCGGUGUAUAAGGAGAAGACUCUGGAGGAUGCUUUGUGCGUGUCGCAGCGCACCUUUGCCAUAGCCAUUGCCAUUGCGGGACUGAUACUGAUGCUGGCCGUCGUUGCCGCUGUGCUUUGCAUCAUGGCACGCCGUAGCACCAAAACGGUGUCCAAUUCGGGCAGCUCCAUUUACAGUGGUCCCUACACAAACACUGCCUUCUCGCAUAGCAGCUAAGCCAGCGAGCGAUCCAUACUAUGUGACAGCAUGAUAUAAAUUCAAAAUUUCAACAUUUCCAAAACGAUAACAAAAUGGAACACUCAAAGUGUUUUAAAAUCAAGUAUGAGAUACUCGCGCAGCAAGCAAGCUAACAAAAAAAAAAAAAGAAAACAAUACAAUAAUAAUAUUAAUAAUUAAAGCCGCCUGCGGUAGUCAAUUGUCAAAAAUGUCUCGUGGCACGUUGGGCAGCAGUUUAGCCUGUAAGGUCACAAGUGCAGUGUCUAAAGAGCAACUGCCUAAGUUAAAUAAUUAGUAUUUUAGUUUUGCAUGAUAUAAUAAUAAAAUAAAAAAACUUCCCUUCUUGUGCAGAGAUUACCGGGCAAUUUCCCAUUAUUGCCCGCUAAUGUCGCAGAGUUGACCAGUGCUGCCACAUGCACAAGCAACCUUAGAGUUGCCAGACUCUGUUUCGCACGUUUGUGUUGGUGUUGGACUUCCCCGAUUCUUAUCAGAAAACUCCACACAAUCUCGCUUCUCGUAGUGCAGUCAUUAAACUUAUAAGUGUGUAUUGUAUUUAUCUUACUUACUUUAACUAUUAAUUAAAACAAAAAAACAAACACACACACACACUCGACACUAACAACGAAUGCAGCAGCCGACGCUCAGGUGAUAUUUGUAUUUGUACUCUAAUAUUUAUAAACUUAGUUCCAAAAAAACAAAAAACAAAAAUCCUGCCACUCUUUGUUCUUAGUUAAAUGUUUUGAACAUUAUUUCUUGUCAUUGUUUAAACUAUAUGUGCACUACAAAUAUAAAAUAUGCUACCACUACUAUACUAUAUUACAAACAUGACAGCCCUCUACAGCACACAGCCGUUCCACAAAACAAUAAUAAAAUUAAUUUAAUACA